AGGAUCUUCAGCUGGUGGCAAGGCAGGACAAGCAGCACCUGAAGGACCCAAGAAAGUGAGCAAAGCAGGCCAGGAAGGCUCAUCCAGUGAUCUCGAGGAGAUAUGCCAAGCUCUCAUGUGCUCCGCUGCUAGCAAUGUGUCACGAACAAAAUGCAGCCAGAAGCUUCUAAAAGGAACCUGCAGAUUGAGCGAGGAAGUGGUGUCUGUGACGACGAGCCAAAGCUGUGGCUUUGAGGGGGUGAGUUUCAACAAUUUCGUCGAUGUGAUGACUUUCCCCAUCCGAGAUGGGGAGUCUCGUGAUGAGGACUUGUCGCGACAUGUGGGGGCCACGGUGGCCACGGUGUCCGUGGACUCCGAAAUGCAAACUGACUCCGUGUGGCAAGACCUGGAGCUGGAGGACACCCCCAAAGGUCAGACGGGUGAGAUGAAAGUCAGGACCUCCACGGAAAUGACGGACUCAUAUCAGGUGGAAAGUGAUGAAAGUGAUGAGAGUUUGUCCAGUGACGAAGAAAGUUUGGAACGGAAGGAUAACGUCCCGAAUUUCCAGGAGAUCCUUUCGGAGCAAGAUCCGAUUGUCAUGGACGAUGAAACGCGAAGCGAUGUGGAAGGUGUGCCCGUUGAGACCGAGCCAGUGGCGCCCACCUUGCUGGGAGUUUCAUCGCGGACACCAACGUCGCCGCCAGCGAGGUCUUCGGUGACAUCCCCAGAUGAGAAAGACACAAAAGACACGAAAGACACGAAAGACUUUGCAUUGUGUUUGGAAGCUGCUGCUGUGCAAGAGCUGCAGCAGGAGCUUGCCAGUCUCAAGCGUGUCCACUACUUGGGCAUUGCAGAGUGCAAACGGCUCGAGCUGCAUUUCGUCAAAUCUUGGCGGUCCAGCCGGUCAUGCUUUGCAGAUGCCGAAAGAGAUAAGAUGUACAUCAGUACGGAGAGAUUUCGUGUUGGUACCUCCAAUAGCUGGCCAGAGACUGCCUUUCAGAUCCCCCCGCGGCCACCACCGGGGCUCGAGAAAUUUGGGCCAAAGGCCUUGGAGAUUGAACAGAAAGGAGUCAUGUUGGUAGAUGCAAGCGCCAUGGCUGUGAGAGUGCGCCCGCAGAAGGCCGUGAGUCGAGAGGAAGAGCAGGAAGUAGGCCUCGUACGACGCGAGGCGAAAAUGGAAUCGGACCUUCUCCCCUUCUCCGAUGCCAGCACCACGGAUGCCGAUUCCAUGUCCCGGUGUUCCCGGUGUGUCCAGCUGGAUGAAGCCUCAUCUUCGCCACAAGUCGCGGGCAGUCCAUCCAGGGCUCAAUCCAACGGAGCACCGUGUGCUAUUCAACUGCAACGGAUGUUGGAGGACUCCACACCUGAUUAUCCAUCGAAAGGGUCGGCUGCGCAUCACUUGGGUCUUUGCAAACCCUGCGACUUCAAGUGUCGCGCCUCCUGCCGCUUUGGAUAUGAGUGCAUGUUUUGUCACAUCUGCGGUCCGGCCGAAAGCCGUCAGUGGAAACGUGGCAGGAAGAGUUUUUGGCGCCAGGCCUGGACUGAGAUCCUGCGCGACACCGGUGGAAAUUGA